GGACUAGCAAGUGUUGCUGUAGGCGUUACUUUAUUCAUGGCCACUACAAUCAAUCCUGCAGAUCCGGCCAUCGUGUCCAAGAGAUCAACAAAGACUGCUAGUCGACUGAGUCGUUCUAAGCAUGCCCAUGCCAUCCAGAACCAACACUGUUAUUUAUGUGAAGUUGAUGUAGGCCCCAAAUCCAAGCAUUGCCGAGCAUGCAACAAAUGUGUUUCUGAUUUUGAUCACCAUUGCAAGUGGCUGAACAAUUGUGUUGGUGGACGCAACUACAGGUGGUUUCUGGCCUCUUUGGUGAUGGGUACAUGUGGAACACUGCUAGUUGUGGUUGUUGGUCUGACACAGUUCAUCAGUUUUUUUGUUGAUAAACAAAAUGGCAAAGUCCUGAUGCCUUAUAUUGUUCUCAGGAAAGAAGGCAGAAGUAAUGACACAGCUGAUUUCCGCAUCUUGAACCAGCAAGUGACUGGUGAGGGGUGGCUGAUCUUGACAGGGAUCACAACACUGUUGGCAGCUGUUACUUUAGCAUUACUUGUCCAUCUUCUCUUCUUCCAUUUUUGGCUUAUGUACAAAGGCCUGACAACCUAUGAAUAUAUUGUAAUGCUGAGAGAAAAAGAUGGAUACCACGAUGCAGAUGGUCAAAAGCAAACAUCAACAUCAAAUGCUCGUCCUUCACUGUCCAUCAAGGAGCAGCGUGGAAGGGCUAGUACUAAAAAUGCCAACAAAGUCACACCCAGCAAAAACCCAUUAGAUGGAAAGGAAAGCGAGGACUGUUCCAGAAGUGAAAAGGAACUGGUUGAAUACCACCAUGCACUGGAACAAGCUUGUCAGACAGGAGGAGAGACUCCACCACCAUCCUCCUCUCCUCUCCACUGGGGAGAAGGAAAAGGCGUAGAAACAACAGCAGUUAGAAAACUGAAGAAAAAAAAGAGAAAACAGAGCACAGAAAUUGCAGGACAUCAGAAUGUCUCCACUUUUGGAGACAACACACUCUACACUUAUCCAGAAAAAAAAGACAACUCUUUGGCAAACCCACUGAAACAAGAUCAGAGGAGUGCAGCACCAAGAAACAAAACUACUCGUAGGCCGCUUCCCCAACCUAUGGGUGAGCAUGGAGAUCUCAUCACAGAAAUAACUCCUUCCACCAGAUCAUCAGCAGACAACUAUAAGAAAAAGAAACAGCUAGAUCCCUUAGGAAUUGAAGCCUCAGAAAACAUCAAUUUGAAUUCCACUAUGAUGUUUACUCUCAACUCCUCAGCCAAGUUAAUGGCAGAUGGCAGUUUAGACUACUCAAGUCAAGAUGCCUUCAGGUCACUGCCGCUGACCCCAGUACCUUUCCGACGACGUGCUGAUGUACCUCCUUUGGAUCUUACAGCUCUGAGAUCCAGUACAGACAGUUUGAUGUCCUCUAACACCUUUCAGCCUUAUUCAGGUACUGUCAGAUCCACAGACACCUACCGUGUCAAUGAACGACAGUCAUACCAGUUGCAGUCUGUUCCUGAAGGAAAUAUGGAUGCUAUAAUUUGAUUUAAUAUAUAAAUUAUCCCAAACAAUUACUGUCAUCACCUUCCUUUUAUAAUUUGAAAUCAGACAUGAAGUAAUGUUGGCAGUCCAAGCAGUCUUCAUAUUUAUGAAUCAAAUAUUUCUCUUGACAUGAUAGUAGUUAUUAUUAUCUGGAAACAUUAUCUAACAGUGCUAUGUUCAGUUGCUCAUGGUAGUCCAUUUUAAAAUAAUGUUUUCAUUAACCUUUUCAUUAUAUGAACUGGAUUAAGCCAUGUGACUUCACAUCAAUCAGGAUCAACAAGGCCAAAGAAAACAGUCAUAUAGAAGUCCCCUCUGUCCAUCUCCAUCUUUUCUGGGUCACAAACCAUUACACAUUUUCUCUUACACUUGGAUUGCUGGAUAUUUUUGAUUGGCUAAUCAUGACUUUAUCUAGAUUGGUCAGAAGACUGCUGAAUGUGUGUCAGAACGGUGAUGUGAUGUACUGAAAGGUCAUCUGAUAAAAGCAAAAGAGUGGAGAUUCUGUACAACGUUGUUCUCGCUCUUAGCAACACAUCAUCAUGCUAUCUUAAAAUGUUUUAUUGACAUUGCGCUGAUCUGAAAAGUCAGGAAUCAUGCUUGUAAGUAAAGUGCUAGACAGAGCAUUAGGUGUUUCUGAGAACAGUGGAUAAACAGUUGGUAAUGACACGCAUAUCCUCACAGAAUUUCUUUUCAGGGCCUACCAUUGCACUGGCUUAAAGGCUGGUGCUUGAGUGUACGGCAAAGCAGUUCACUUUAAAUUAAAAAGUGGUUUAGCUGUGGUGUCCAACAUGGCACCAAGUUGUCAAAAGACAUGGACAUGGUAUGGAAGUGGAGCAGCAUUAAAACGUCGGUGACAAGUCCAUGUCUUUGAUAUGCUGUUUUGUCAGUUUUAUAGCAACUGUUUUGACCAGGUGUGCCUUGAUGAAUAAGCAGGGAAACAACAUCUAAGGAUCAUCAGUUAGACAUGAGCCACAAAAAAAUGAGAAACGAUACAGCCACAAAAUUUACAACAAUCAGAUUUAGUGGAAAAUAUGGCAUCAACGGAAAAGAAAUUUACUGUGCAGGUUAUGUACAUACAUGGCUUUCAUUGUGAUUAAUAAAGAGGAAACUGCUCAGCGAAAUGAUGUUGCAACAUGAAUGUGUGACAUAUUACUAGAUGUGUCAAAUCUUUGUAGUUUAUCAAUGAAAGUUUUGUGUCUGCCUAUGUGAAGAGGAAUUUUCAUAGCUCCCUGUUGUCAGUUUUAAUAAAACCCUUCAUCAAACCACAAAGUUUUUGAUGGGGUAUGUUAUUUCCCACCCCUCCGCAUUUUUCUGGAGAUGACGAUGAUAACAAUGAUCAGCUGAAAAACAAGGUCUGAUUCCAUAAUCAAGCUGAGUUUUGUUCAGUGUCUUCAUCUAGUCACUAACCCCAAAGUAAUUGGCUGUUGUUGUGGGUGUGGGAAAUGUUGACUUGUGCCAAAAAAAUGUUUUACAUGUAAACCCCUCUUGGAAUUUCUCAUGAAAUCUUGUUGAAAAGAAUGAUUAGCAAAAGCUAAGCAUGAGAAAAGACAAACUGAUUACAAAGAAGUCACACAACUCUGUUGAUAGCUUUAUGCUUUACAUGCUGUUUUCUUGUUAAACUUACAUUUGUGACAUUGCCUCAAGCCAUAUGAUGAUACAUAAAUAUUUUUUUAUGUUUUGUUUUUGGUUCUAUGCUUAGGGUUUUUUGUGUGUUUCAAUGAGGAAAUCUAUGUCAGCUAUCUUUUAAGAAUGUAUAUUUGCCACAAAGCAGUUUCCGUGUUUUUCAGCCCAUGAUUUACCACUUGGUGAUUUUGAAAGACACAAUUAUUAACCACACUAUUGUACACAUUUUAGAACAAAUUAGAAAAAUGAAACUGAAGUUGAAAACAGAAUGAAUAAUGAUUAACAAAAAAAUAGCUCAUGCUGAAACUAUAUAUUAGAUAUAUAUAUAUACACAGCGAAUGAGCUCUUUUGAUAGAAGGAAGAUUUCUUAGGGUGAUAUACAAUACACUCAUUGGUUGAGAUGAGACUGAGUGGUGUAAGGGAAGUUCUACAACAAGCACUUACUAGUAUAGAUGUAGCAAAACGUAUUACUUUGUCUUUGUUUAUAUGAAAAUAAAUCCUUACUCGACAAAUAUGAAGAUAAUUACUUUGUUCAAGACUUUCAGAAAUUUUGAAGCGUUUUUUUUUUUUCUUUAUUUUUUGCGUAUUUGUACAUAAAUUUCAUUUUAUAGCAAACAUGAAUCAUAAAAGAUUUGUGGUUCACAUCACUUUACUAUUCUUUAGGCUGGCUCCUGCUCUUAGUGGACUUCAGACAAGAUGGAAAAUAUGUAGUCUAUGAAUACUGGUCCAUUUCAUAAAAAUAAACUCUUAAAUUAGUGAUUUUCUGAGACCAAAUUAUUCAUAUUGAAAUGCAAAACCCAUAUGUAGCAGCACAUUCUGCCAGUUGUUAUUUAAGCAAAAAUUGGUUAUAUAAUGCAGAAAACUAGUGUUGCAUUUGUAUAUUUAUUCCCCAUGGUUAUUAUUCAUUAUUACUGCUUUAUUUUGGAAUUAGUGGGUAGAAUGGACCUGGAGAAAGUGAGGUUUUGAGACUUGUUGUGUACAUGUGUGUGUGUUUAAGACAGAUACAUGCUUAUGUUUAUAUGCAUAUAUCUUUCUAAUAAGGAAUUACGAAUUAUCACAAUCUAUGCAUCGGAGGCAUUCUAGAUCACAUGAAAUUGUUGAAAUGUUAUUUUGUCAGUCUAAUUAAAAACAGACAGCAUUUCAGCUUAAUUCUUCUAUAAAGAAAAAUGAAAAAUAUUAUCAGGUUAUUAUGCAGAACCAGUUUGCUGUCUCAGAAAAGAAAAGUGUACAUUUGUAAACUGAAUUGUAUAAACAGGUGAAUUAAUUAUAGUUGUUACAAGUCAUACCAACCACCAAACUGUCAUUCAGUAACACCAAAAUUCUAUAUUUCAUUUCGGCUUUUACUUAGGUGACCUGAAUAAACCAUACAUUCUGGGAUAGGUUAUCAGAGAAAAACAAUAUAACAUACAUAUAUGUAAUUAUAUGGUCAUGAUGAGCCAAUUUACACACAGCUGACACAAGAGGCAACUAUCAUUAAACAGAAUUGCAAGAAAUUUAUGACAUUACUACAGGAUUGUGGUGUAAUUUCUUUAAUUAUAGCGAUAUUUUUAUGGAGGAACUCUUGCACAAACUUACUUAAAAUUCACUAGCAAAAAUAUAGAAAAGACGAGAAAAUUCUCAUUCAAUCACAUAUGCGUUUAAUUCAUAUUUUUCAUUAUUAGCAAAUGUCUUUGACAGCUUAGCCACUUACUAAUAUCAUUAAGUGUAUUGCAUGACCCGUCAGGCUAACACUGUAUUCAGUAUUCAGUAAGGUUUUUAUAAGUUAGCUUCACCUAUUGCUCAAAUUUCCAUUACUUGUUAUAAAUAACCCACAUUUUGUUUUAAUUUUGUACAUUCAUUUAUUUUUGUACAUGCCAGUAAGAAUGUAUUAGCAGCUGAUAGUUAUAUUAUGAAAAAGACUCCAGUAUGUUUCUGGAUGGAAAUUAUUUUAAAAUUCUGUCAGUUUGUACAUGUGUAACGCUUAUCAUGAAUCAGAACAUGUGUUGAGCAUGGACAAAUGAAAUGUGACAAACGAUGAUGCAUGUUUAGAUGCUAAAUAUUUCAUGUUUCAGGUGAACAGCAUAAAUGUACACAUUUUAAUUAACUUUAUCUCUGCAUUCCAAGAAUGCCUGUCACAACUGAUUUGUGAAGAGUCUUGCAAGGAAAAAAAGCAAUUUAAGAUAUCAAAGAUGAUUGGAAAAAAACCAUGAAGAUAAAGCUAAUAAUAUUACUGUCAAACCUGGUGUCUCAAGGCACAUGCAAUGAAGGUUAUGUUUAGGCUUUUUUCUCCGUGUGAGUUCUCAGUGCCAACAUUCCACUAGUUACAAUUUUUCAAAACCAUUACUGUCAGCAGUGUACGUUACUAAUAUCUUUUUAAAUAAUCUGAAUUGGUUUAUUGCAAUCCUUUGUAUGUUGAUAUUUUAUCAUCCUUAUUAAUAUUAUGAUUUAUAUAACUGAAAUAUUUUAAUAUUCUUUAUCUUAACGCUCUUUCUGUUGUCAGUCCAGCUUAAAUGCAUGCACAUCAUCAAGAGAGAUUAAAAAAGAUGGGGCUUAAAUUUUUUAUUACAAACAUUAAAAAUAAAUCGCCCUUCAUAGACAAGCUGAAGUAUGCAUUUUUCUGUGGAAGAGGAGGAGUUAGGGGCUGCCUUUAUCUGUGAUAAUUUAUCUGCAUGUUUUGCAUGAAUGUGAGUAGAGAUGCCAUAAGAGAGAACAUCAUGUUUUUUGUUUACUAAAGACAUUCACCAUGUGUGUAUAUUUUGUUGUAAAUAAUCGUUGUAUGAGGUGUGUUUGAAAAGUAACAAGGCUGGUUUCACAAACAAUUUAUUUCAAUUCCAAACAACAAAUUGUAUUGUUUCCCCUUCAAAGUAGUCCCCUCUGGAGUCUAAAGAACAUUUACAUCUUUCUCUGCCAUGGUUCUAUGCAUUACUGGAAGGAUUCAUCUGGGACUUGUACAUCUAAAGAAUGCAGGAGUUUCAGCAUGUAACCUCUCAUAAGUUCACCCAACGGCCUAACCACCCCCUCCUGCCCAAUCACGAUCUCUUCUUGAUUAACCUUGUAGUAGAUAUGAAGAACAAACAUAUUAUUUCAUCAUGGUUUUAUGGCAUAAUAUUUUUAUCAAAUAAAGUUUUGUGUGCUUUUCAAAAUGGAUUAAAAUGACUUUUAGCAGUUUAUGGCUUCAAUGGUUUCAUUCGCAUAAGAAUAUACUUUUUUUUUUUAAACAACUAGCUUCUGACUACUUUCAUUGCAUGUGAAGAUCGAGUCAUUAACCAAAUGUACACAGAAUUUAUUGUGAUGUCAGUGAUCUGUGGACUGAUUGCUUUAUAAGCAGGGCUUCUGAUUACGCAGAAAAUUGCGUACAGUACGCAUUAAAAGUUCGGAGGACCCCUUCAAUUUUCAUCAAUGGGGUCCCAGGGGACCCCUUCAAAUUUGGGCGAAGAACAGAUACAAAAUUGGGUAGGUGUAGUGUCUGAC